AUGAUCAUUGAGGGCUUAAAAAAUUCGUAUUGUGAAGGAGUACAAACUGAUACAAAAAGAAAAAGACUUGUUGCUGAAUUUUGUAAUCGUUCAGUAAAUCCACAAGAUUGGAACUCAAAAUGUAAAUUUCGAGAAGGUAUUAUAACAUCUUGGUUGAGAAGAUCUCUACUUUGUUUAUCAACAGUUGUUGAAGAAUUUUAUAAAAAAGGAGAAAUAACAAGUAAACAUGGGAAUGCACCCAAUACAAGUUGGACAUCUUGGGCAAUAAAUACAAUGGUUAAAAAACCAGUUGUAUGGUCAUUUACUAAAAUGAAAGAUAUAUUAUUUAUUACCACAAAAAACAAUAACAUCACCAGAAACAAAAUACAUUCAUUUUUAAACACUUCCAGAAAUUGUCCAAUUAUUCAGUCAAAUAUAGAAAAGCAUGACUUAUUAUUAAAGGUAUUAUUAACACGUGUUGAUAAUUUAACAGAAGGUGAUGAGAGUUUAUUUAAAUUGAAAGAAAGAGAAAGGCAAAAAAAUUUUAAAUAUUCUUCAGUACUAUUUGUUCAUUGAUUUGAUGGUACAAAUUAUCAAUUAUUAAUUGUCGUCAUAAUAUAUCUAAAUUAUUACAAUUAAGUAUUAG